GAGAAUUUCCCUUCGCACACGCGCAAGGAAACAGCUGCGGUGGCUGCUGCGAUCGGGGGCGGCUCAUCCCAGCGCAGUGGGACUCAGGCUCCUGCCGCCGCUUGUCUCUUCCUCUCAGUCCAAGAGAACAAACUGUAUUGGAGACCCCUGAAGCAAGAAGUUUAAGGCAUUGGUGACACGAUGCCUUCAGUUCCUCCAGAAGCAGAGAUGGACACCGGUUCCUGCCCUCACUUUUCUGCUAAAUGCAUGCUGAAUGGAGGGCUGGAGAAGGAGCCCUGUAACAUCAGUGAGGGGAGAAAGUGGAUCCGACCUGACACCCCUAGCAAAUGUACCUGGGAGCUUGGGAAACCCCCCUCUGAAUCCCCUCAUUAUCACCUCACUUUGUCAAAGUCUCCAAACAUCCUGCCAAACAUUCUGAAGAAAAUUGGUGAUACUCCUAUGGUACAAAUCAACAGGAUUGGAAAGUUCUUUGGACUCAAAUGUGAACUCUUGGCAAAGUGCGAGUACUUUAAUGCUGGGGGGAGCGUGAAGGAUCGAAUCAGCCUGAGGAUGGUGGAGGAUGCAGAAAGAGCUGGGAUUUUGCAACCUGGGGACACUAUCAUUGAGCCAACAUCAGGAAACACAGGAAUUGGGCUGGCCCUGGCUGCUGCAGUGAAAGGCUACCGUUGCAUCAUUGUGAUGCCAGAGAAAAUGAGCAUGGAGAAGGUGGAUGUUCUGAGAGCUCUCGGUGCUGAGAUUGUGAGGACACCAACCACUGCCAGAUUUGACUCGCCUGAAUCUCAUGUGGGAGUAGCAUGGCAACUGAAAAAUGAAAUACCCAAUUCCCAUAUCCUAGACCAGUACCGCAAUGCCAGUAACCCCUUGGCACACUAUGACACGACAGCAGAGGAGAUUCUGCAGCAGUGUGAAGGAAAAAUAGACAUGCUGGUGGCUGGAGCUGGUACAGGAGGCACCAUUACUGGCAUUGCAAGAAAGCUGAAAGAGAAAUGCCCAGAUUGCAAAAUUAUUGGUGUCGAUCCCCAGGGCUCCAUUCUUGCUGAACCUGAAGAACUGAAUAAGACUGACAAGACGACAUAUGAGGUGGAGGGGAUUGGAUAUGAUUUUGUCCCUACAGUGCUGGACAGAUCAGUGGUGGACAAGUGGUUCAAGAGCAAUGAUGAGGAGUCUUUUGCUUUGGCACGCAUGUUAAUCAGAGAGGAAGGAUUAUUGUGCGGUGGAAGCUCUGGCAGUGCAAUGUCCAUUGCUGUGAAGGCUGCCAAGGAUUUGACAGAAGGUCAGCGCUGUGUUGUCAUCUUGCCCGACUCUGUCAGGAACUACAUGUCGAAGUUUUUGAAUGACAAAUGGAUGACCCAGAAAGGGUUCAUGAAAGAAGAAGAUGACAUGAUUAACAAACCUUGGUGGUGGCACCUCAAAGUUCAGGAAUUAAGUCUCUCUGCUCCCCUGACAGUGCUUCCAGGUGUCACCUGUGAAAAGACCAUUGAAAUCCUCCGAGAGAAGGGAUUUGACCAGGCACCAGUGGUUGAUGAAUGUGGUGUGAUUCUGGGAAUGGUUACCCUUGGGAACAUGCUUUCAUCAUUACUUGCUGGGAAAGUUCAGCCAUCAGAUCAUGUCAGCAAAGUAAUCUACAAGCAAUUCAGACAGACGUCAAAUCAAGCAUCAGGUGAAACUCUGAUUCAUCUGAAAGACAGCUUGGGGAAACUUUCGCAUAUCCUGGAAAUAGACCACUUUGCUCUAGUUGUACAUGAACAGAUUCAGUAUCACAGUGACGGCUCCUCCAGUAAGAGACAGAUGGUGUUUGGCGUUGUUACAGCCAUUGACUUGCUUAACUUUGUGACUGCGCGGGAGCGGGAAAGAAGGGCCACUUAAGUUCAAGGAUCACUCUGUUUGCAACAUCUUCUGUGGCAUUUUGCAGUCUCUAGAAAGAAUCGGGUGUCUAUGUGUGUGUGUGUCUCUCUCUGUCUCUCUCUCUCUCCGUUAGAAUUUUCUAUCUCCUGUUUUUUGUUUUUAACAUUCUAAAAAUAAACACAGUGGGAUCAUCCUGACUGCUGUGAUGUAACAGCACAUCUAAACGUUGCAGAGCUUUUCGGGAUUGUUAGUUCUCAGCCUCCUGAAAUUGGUUGAUCUGCAUAGAAUUCAUAUAAAAAACAAAUGUUAGACCUUACUGAUUGUGCUUAAAGUCUAAAACACUGUUAACACGUAACUGAAGGUAAUAAACUGAACAGCCACAGCCAAGCCAUUGUGUUGGCAGCUGAGGCAAGAACAAUCUAGGAAGAUUGUCUGUGAGACUGAGUGUUGCUCAUUGACAUAGAAUGAGUCCAAGACACUGGAUUUGGUGACAAUAUGGGUAUGCCUUCCCUUGUAAAACAUUUGUGUAUCUUUUCACAAUGAGAUCGUUAACUUGAAACAGGGUUGAGGUAAAUGCUGGACUCCAGCUACAGGGGUUUACCUCCAGCAGUUGUUUUGAGUCAGAGUUAUCACUUGCCUUGUCUUAACUGAAGUAUUGCAGUAAGGUAGCUAACACAAGAGAGUCAUCUUACUGUAAAAGACACACCUUUUUAUUAGCGAAGAGACAGCUUAUAUCAUUUAUUUUUACCUGGAUGAAUAAGCACAGGCAUAAACAACAACAAAUCAAAAUCAGAUCAAGCUCUCUAAAGAGCGAAUUCUUUCUGGUUAUGGUGUGUUUCAUGCACAACAAGAAGGCAGCGCAUUUCCCUGAAAACUUUUAUCUAAGAUUGACCUUCUACCUCAAACUGAAGUUCUUUUGCCUACACGUAGGUCAUAUAAUGUAAUUCUCUCCAGUCAGGAGCAAGGGGAGGCCCUGUAAGAUCCUUUCAUUGCAGCCCCCUGGCUCCUCAAGUGCUUCUGAACUCUAGAUGUCACUGCAGGGAAGAAACACGAGCUUCUGUGAUGUAUAACAAAACAUAAACACAUAUAGGACAAAAUCCUGCCCUGCAUUAGAAAUAUAUAACUGGACUACAGGCAAUAGGGCUGCAUAGGUAUGAGAGGGCAGAAUUUGGCCCAUAAUUAACGAGUGUACUGAACACACUGUGACCAAACUUACCAGUGACCCACUGCAAUGGCAUUGGAUGAGCCAGUCAGAGGGGAUGCUGUGCAGUUAGCUACAUGUAACUCUGGAUUUCUUUUAGCUACAGAGGUUUCUGGAGUCUCAUUUGUGUCUGACUUGCAUUAGUUUAGUGUGGCCCUUUCUCAAACUGUUCAGUUCACCUAACCAUGUACACUGGCUAAUAGCAGCUCUCAGCCACUCUGCAGUGGUUUAUCUAAUAACUCUACAGUGAUGGGGGAUGGGGGGAAUCGAUUUCCUAUAUCUAUUAUGACUGCUGUGAUCCUCCUCUGAUAGGUUAUUUGCCACAAUAAAGCUCUCUGCCAGCACAGAGAGACUGUCUCGGCUUCUCACUCCCUUUAGCUGAAGCAGAAAAAUUCCAGUUUAACACAAAAAGCCAGACAAAAACUCCCAAAGAAUCUGCAGCUGUCAAUCAACUAAAAGAGGAUUUUUUCUCACACACACACACACCCACCCACCCACCCACCCAUCCCCAUCUUCAUUUUCAUUUUCAUUUCCCUCCUUCCUUCAAUCUCUGCAGGUGAGCGGGUCUCUUAGCCCCACAAAUGCUGUCACAUUUGCUUUACAGUUUGAAAAUCUGCAGCCCCUCCCUCCCAAUUCAGUUUUGAACACACUGUUUUCUGGGGACAGCAGCCUGGCUGGUGUGGAGAGGAGAGAAAUGAAUGUUGAUGGGAGGUGAGAGUUAAGGCUGGCUUUGGAGGUUUCUUUACCUUCUGUAUUGUGACAGUCUCUCUAUUUUGUUUUGUGGCUUUUUCUCUUUACUCUUAAGUUGAUUAAAAAUUUUCAUCAUAACUUUAGGCGGCUCAUGUUAACUUUUUAAUGCCAUGUCCAUGGCUACUAAAUGCUUCUGCUUUUGGCCUCUAAGCUUGUUCAACCCAGGGUAUGAUUACCUCAACACCAGGAGUUCCCUCAAGUUACUGUUUUAUAACAGAAGUUACACCAAGUGUCUGAAAGACUUAAAAACUCUUCCUGUUGCUUGGAGCCAGUGAGCAGCUGCAAGCCAUAGCUUAGAUAGCAUUAAAGAAAUGCUCCCUUCCUCUUGGUCCUGGACUGAUUUAAGUAAUUCUCUAACUAAAUAAAUCGAUGGAACUGUCACUGUCAGGAACUCGGAGAAUGCCAAGAAAGAGGCAGAACAGAGCUAGAAAGAGAAAUGUAGACAAAAGUAAUUAAUACAGUGCAGCAAUGAAAUAGACACGCUGCCCCCUUCCCCACCAACAAUACCAGUGGAAGGGAAUCUAAUAGACAGUUGCAUCUGACAGAAUCGUCCCAGUGCUGAAAUGACUUGGACAAAAAACCAUCAAAUGCAGUGGUUUGUUCAAAGCUCUCUGUGUACUCUAUGGCAGCAGUUCUCAAACUGGAGGUUGGGAUUGCCUAAAAAUCUUUCUAUUUACUGUGCUGUGAAGACCAAAUAAGGCUGGCAGGGAAGUGCGUUUGUGUGUGUUAAACUCAAGUCUUAGUUCUAUUCAAGCUUUGGAAAUAUUUUUACUGGUGUAUGUCUGUGCCCUCCAUAUAAUUUAGCUUAUUGUAAACAGAUGCUGGCCACCUUACUUAAAACUACUUUGCACAGGGAUAUUUGUUUAAAUGUUGCAUUGCAUUUGUAUGUCUUUCUCUUUAAAUUUCAUCCCUUUUGGUUUACUAGUGACUCUGUAAAAACAUUAGCGUUUUCUUAUAUGAAGGGAAUUUUUCAACUAAAUCUGUGUAAUUCAUCUUUGCAAGGUUUCCUUGUAACUUCACCCAUGUCAGAUAAGGAUUUAGAGAGAACUUUAAAGUCCUUCUUUCCACCCAUGCCAUAUCUGUGGCUGACUCCAGAACUCCAUGUAUGUAGUACAGUUGCAGCCAUGUUGGUCCCAGGAUAUUAGAUAGACAAGGUGGUGAGGUAAUAUCCUGUAUGGACUGACUUCUGCUGAUGAGAGAGAGAAGCAUUUGAGCCACACAGACCUUCAUGUAACUUGAAAGCUUCUGGUCCAAUAAAAGACACUCUCUCUCUCUCACCUUGUCUCUCUAGAAUUCCAGGUAAUUCUGUUGCUCCCAAUUAACAAACUUAAUCUAAUUCACACAGUUCAUCACUGCAUGCUGUCGUAACCUAUAGAUUGCAAUACUGAGCUUCAUGCAGCAAGUAAUACACGCUGGUUUAAAUGACAGUAGCCAUUGCAGACUUCAUUCAGCUCUUUCUUACUGUUUAAUGUCAACGUGUAAGCCACUCUACAGUGAUUAAGGGAAGUCUUUUAUGUUUUAAAGGGAAAAAAUCAUUCAAUACAAUGUGCUGUAUUUAUUGCACAAAAGUUCAAUGUACGUUAUAAAGAGUUCAAUAAAAGCUACUUGAGUGAC